AUGUCUCAUAUCAUCUACCAUUUUCAGAUACAGUCCUUUGAGAAACACCCUUCUCAUGAGCUGUUGGAUAUUUCAAGUUUUGUGACCAAGUUCUACCAGCAUCUCCUGGCCUUGGCGUUUGCUAUCCAUGAGAUCAAUAAGAAUCCCAAGAUCUUGCCCAAUAUUACUCUUGGUUUCCACAUCUAUGACAACUACUAUGAUGAGAGGAUGAUAUAUCGUACCACCUUGGACUUGCUCUUCAGAUUCCAUCGUUUUGUCCCUAACUACAAAUGUGAUCAAAUGGAAGAAAUAUGUACUGGGGAGGAAAAACUUGAGAGCCUUCCUCGAACUCUUUUUGAAAUGGAGAUGACUGGGCACAGCUACCAUAUCUAUAAUGCUGUCUAUGCUGUGGCACAUGCUAUGAAUGCCAUGUACUCAUCUAAAUUCAACCAGAGAGCAAUAUUGGAGCGCAAAGGAGAUCGAGAUCUUCAGCCUUGGAAGGGGCUGCCCCUUUCUCAGUGUAAUGACUACUGUCUCCCUGGUUAUCAGAAGAAGAAAAAAGAAGGGAAGAAAUUUUGCUGUUAUGAUUGUUUUCCAUGCCCAGAAGGCAAGUUUUCAAGCCAGAAAGAUAUGGAGGACUGUUUGAAAUGCCCAGAAGAUCAAUAUCCAAGCAAGGAGCAAGAUGUCUGCAUUCCCAAGAUGAUGAGCUUUCUGUCUUAUGAAGAACCUUUAGGGAUCAGCUUGUCCUUGCUUGCGGUUUCUUUUUUUCUGACCACAGCUUCUGUAUUGGGAAUUUUCAUUAAACACAGAGAUACUCCCAUAGUUAAAGCCAACAACCGGGCUAUCACCUUCACUCUCCUCAUAUCCCUCAUGCUCUGCUUCCUCUGCCCAUUUCUCUUCCUCGGACAACCUGAGAAGGUGACUUGCUUUCUCCAGCAAUCUGCUUUUGGCAUCACUUUCUCACUGGCUAUUUCUUGUGUGUUAGCCAAAACUAUCACUGUGAUCCUAGCUUUCCUGUCCACCCAGCCAGGUUCCAGAAUGAGGAAGUGGGUGGGGCAAAGACUGGCCAGUUUAGUUGUCCUUGCCCUCUUCUUUAUUCAAGCAGGCAUUUGUACAGUAUGGCUAGGAACCUCUCCCCCAUUCCCCAACUCUGACACACAGUCACUGAAUGAAGAGAUCAUCAUAAAAUGUAAUGAAGGGUCUCUCAUCAUGUUCUACAUUGUCCUGUGUUACAUGGGUCUUCUGUCUCUCAUAAGCUUGAUCUUGGCUUUCCUAGUGAGGAAGUUCCCAGACACCUUUAAUGAAGCCAAAUUUAUCACCUUCAGCAUGUUAGUCUUUUGCAAUGUUUGGUUGUGUUUUGUUCCAACCUACCUGAGCACCAAAGGGAAAUACAUGGUAGCAGUAGAGAUCUUCUCCAUCUUGGCCUCCAGUGGUGGCUUACUGGUUUGUAUCUUUUCUCCAAAAUGCUACAUUAUUGUGCUGAGACCUGAGCUGAACAACAGACAAAACCUAAUGAACAGAAAGCAUGUCAAAUCUAAAGUUACAAUACUAAAUAGACUUGAUAGGGAGUUGAAGUCAAUAUCCUAA